CUGCAUCCUGACUGGAUUCCUCCUCUUUUCCUCUCUUCAUUCUUCUCUGUGUGCCUUUUGCACCAGUCUGUUUUAUCUCGCGCUCUCUUCGCCCUCCUGCUUUGUUUCAGUCCUUUACUGUUCCUCCUACUUCACUACCGACCAUGGCAUUUGAGGACGUUAAAAUCACAACACCCAGUGAGGAAACUUACAAGAAACUUGAGCAUGACCUCUGCAACCUUUCUGGCAAGGUCCCUUUACAUGAGCGCUUCCGUGCACUCUUCACACUCAAAGCUCUUGCUGACAAUGUCAGUGUGGACAUCAUCGGACGAGCCUUUGCGGACGACUCUGCUUUACUUAAGCAUGAGCUCGCUUAUGUUCUUGGCCAGAUGAAGAAUCCCCACGCUCAUGGUGUGCUGAAGAGAGUCCUCGGUACGAUGGAUGAGGAUCCUAUGGUUCGUCAUGAGGCCGCUGAAGCUCUGGGCGCUAUUGGUCAUUUGGAGUCUCUCCCUAUUCUUGAGGAGUAUCUGAAGGAUGGGUCUGAUAUUGUAUCCCAGACCUGCGAGUUGGCUAUUGAGAAGAUCAAGUACGACCACCGCAAAGAAAAGGAGGCUCUUCCCGAAAGUGCUUAUUCGUCAAUCGAUCCUGCACCACCAACUGCUGACGAAGAGUCUACUGAGCAGCUCAGGACUAUUUAUCUGGAUCAGAAACUCCCCCUCUUUGAGCGCUACCGUGCGAUGUUUGCGCUUCGUAAUCAGUGCACUACAGAGUCUGUGCUGGCAUUGGCGGAAGGCUUUGACGACCCCUCUGCCCUGUUUAGACAUGAGAUUGCAUAUGUUUUUGGUCAGAUGCAGCAUCCUGCUGCUGUACCCUCAUUGGUCAAGGUUCUUUCCAAGUUGGAUGAGGCUAAUAUGGUUCGUCAUGAGGCUGCUGAGGCUCUUGGUUCAAUUGCUACUCCUGAGGUUUACCCUAUCUUGGAAAAGUUCCGUGACGACAAGGAACGUGUUGUUCGUGAGAGCUGCGUUGUUGCUUUGGAUAUGUACGAAUAUGAGAACAGUGCUGAGCUCCAAUACGCCGAUGGUCUUAGCAAAUAGAUAAAAGAAAAGGAUGAAAGUAGGGUAUUGCAGUCAGGGUAUCCACGCUGUUUUAGCGGUGGGGAUCAGUUUAUGACAAAUGACUGUGUUUGUACGAUAGACAUAAUAAAAUAUAGGCAUA